UAGUCAGGUGAGAUCUUAAUGUCCUGCUGGGAUUUUUUCUCUAGUGUAGGUUUUUUACAGUGUUCAGCAUGGUUCAUAGAAGUCUGUAUGAGAAAUGAGUUUAGGACUUAUGUUCUGAUAGUGAGGAGUUGCUAGUGACAUAGGAGAGAAAGACAAAGAAAAUGAGGCAGAAAACAUCAUGGUGCAAUUGAGAUAGAAGGGGUAACAGAUCCCCCUUCCCCUGCCCCUCAUGGCCAUCUCUAUUCUCCCUCACCAUGUCAAUACUCAACCACAGCUUACAUGUCACAGGCAACAACCUCUCCAUGCAGCCUGAAUAAGGGGAGGGCAACAACAUUACUCAAAGGGAUUUUUGAUACUACAGCAUCCUUUGAGCUUGGGUGAUGACACCAAUGACCCCUCCCCAACCUCUAUACUCUGCCCCUUCGUAGCAAACCAGCAUGGUCCUCCUCACUCCUCCCCAGGGGUCACUCACAAGACUGUUUGAACUCCAAGAGGUAGACUAAUAGAAAGUCAGAGGAUAAGCUACAACUUCUCGACUCAGCUAGAUUGGGAAAAAGGAAUUGAAGGAGAAAGAGUGUUGCCAUGCUCUUCUCAUAAGUCAUGAGACUACACCACUUGCUAAACCCCAUUCUAAGGCAAAGAAGUGUCAUAGGUGCCACAAUUGUCCUAGAAGCAAUGAUAUGAAGACCCACAUCCUUAGCAUGACUUGCCAGAAGUCUGUGUGUUAUGAGAUUAUGAUCUCCUUGGACUGCUAUGAGUAAAGUUUUACUCUGCUGCUUAUUACCAGGCUGUGAUGCUGUUGUUGUGAAGAUGUAUCAUCAAGAUCUACUACCUCUGGCCAAUCAUAUAAAGUGAGGGGAAGUGGGUGUUCCGUCUGAGAUCCAAGUUCAAAAAGUUAUUUACGGCCACGAAUGAACGAUGUGAUGGGCACCAUAUCAUACGAAGAAUUCACCGGGAGUUGCCUCGAGUUUCUCAAGUUGUCGCAAGAACUUCAGGAUGGUUGGGAAGCCAAAGGCAAUGCCCAACAAGAAGGAAACUUUUAUCUCAUGAAGUUGGAACGCGUUGAAGAUGUUUUACAAGAUAGUCUUCCUCCACGUGAGAAAUACAGUGGGGAUAAAGAUGUUAAUACUAAAGACAGUAUAGAAACUAUUGACAUUAUGGAAGAAUGUGACGACCUAUGUCCCGAAGAUCCUUCAGUGAUUGACAAUGAUUAUUCAAAGACCAUCAUAACUUACGAAUAUCACAUCACCUACAGUAUCAGCUAUUCUGUGCCGGUGUUGUUUUUCAAUGCUUACAAUCACUCGGGUAAACUUCUGACGCUCGAGGAAAUGUGGAGAAGGGUAAGCCCGCAGCACAGCAAGCAGAUCCUCCACCAGAAAUGGGAGAGCCUGACGCAGCAAGAACAUCCCGUGCUUGGGAGACCCUUCUAUCAGCUACACCCAUGCAACACGGCAAAAUUGAUGGCCGAGUUUAGCAAAAAUCGCAAAGAUUUAGUUACUCUAAAAGGCCUAAGGUACAUGAUCAGUUGGUUAAGUACCUUUGGACAAGUUGUUGGCCUGAAACUCCCGAUAAGUUAUUUUCAGUGAUAAGUGUUAGGAAGAUUUAUAGAUUAAUAUUUGAUAUUGUUGCCUAAUGAUUUGGUUUUACAAAAAUAUUAAAUUUGGCAUACAUCAGAUACUAUUGCCAAUUAACACAAGUAGAUAAAAAACAUGCAUUGUAUUUUCCUAUAUGUCUUUAGUUUACUUGUGGAAUUCUAAGAACAUAUUGAUGGGAACGUAUUGAAAUAUUGAUCGUAAUAGAUAUUUUUUUCAUAUUGAUUUAGAUCUAUAUUAUGAGUCUUAUAUUUUCUGAGUAAUGACUAAUGUCUUUAGUUAUUUUGUGCAAUGCCAUACUUCUCUUGAAUUAUAAUGUACUUAUAUAGAGAGAUCCUAUCCAACUUAAUUACACUGUUAUCUAUGGAUACAGAUCUAUAUAUUUAAGAAGAAAAUUAAUUUCAUAUAUGUCUUUUGAAGCUUGUAAGUGUAAUCUUUUAGUUUUGACUUCUGCAUAGAAGAGUUAUACUUUGUUAUAAAAAAUCCAUCUAGUCAUUUAAAUUUUACACAUAUGAAGUCACUCAUUUCAGUAGAUGUAUAAAUAGAAUAUAUCUAGUUACUCAGGGUAAAAAAGUAUGUCAUCGUAUUUUUUCCAAUUUUAAUAAAACAGUCAUACAUAAAUGCUUAAAAAUUUUUAAAACUCAAGAUCAUUAUUCACA